AUGUUGGUGGUUUUAACACACUUUUCUUUUUCUCCAUCUUGCCCUCUCUUUCUUUCUUUCUUUCUUUGUUUUUCUCUCACUCUCUUUCUUUCUUUGUUUUUCUCUUUCUUUGUUUUUCUCUUUCUUUGUUUUUCUCUUUCUUUGUUUUUCUCUUUCUUUGUUUUUCUCUUUCUUUGUUUUUCUCUUUCUUUGUUUUUCUCUUUCUUUGCUUUACUCUUUCUUUCUUUGCUUAACUCUUUCUCUCGCUUUCUUUGUUGUUUUCUUUCUCUUUCUUUGUUGUUCUCUUUCUUUGUUGUUCUCUUUCUUUGUUGUUCUCUUUCUUUGUUGUUCUCUUUCUUUGUUGUUUUCUUUCUCUUUCUUGUUUUCUUUCUCUUUCUUGUUUUCUUUCUUGUUUUCUUUCUCUUUCUUUCUUUGUUUUCUCUCUCUUUCUCUUUGUUUGUUUCUUUCUUUCUUUCUUUGCUUCUCUCUCUCUCUAUUUUAAUAUCAUAUUUCUAG